AUGGAGAGCCUCCAGCUGGCGCAGAUGCUUGCCGACCUGAGCAGCCUCAAUGCAGCCGAACCCAACGCAGCAGCCGCUCUCGUCACCGCAAACAAAGCCAUCCAGACGGUUGAGAAGACCAACGCCAACCCCGCCGCCCCCGGACUGCCCAGGCGGCCCACCGAUGAACUCCGCCGCGUUCACACGCACAGUUCCCAGACCUCGCGGACAGGUACAGGCACCGCUUCGCCCGCCCGCGUCGACAAGUUUGGCCGUCGCAUCAUGAUGAGCCCGCCCGCCUUGUCGCGCUCCAACUCAGCGCAGGGCUCCAUCCCAGGCACGCCCAAGAGGGACUCAGAUGUACGAAGCACUACCACCACCACUUUACAGCACCAACCACAACCACUUGGAACGGGACAGAGAGCUUACGUGAUGGGUGCUGAACAGGCCGAAGACGAUAUGGACCGCGCGUCGACCCUGAUGGCGCUGUACGAGAUCCGCGCGAAGCUCAAGCAGCAGGACAAUAGCAGCCUCAUGAAGGCCCGAGAGAAGAUCGCCGACCUCGCGGCGCGGCAGCAGCAGCAGCAGACGACGGCGACGCCUGGCAAGAAGGAGCCCGAGAAGAUCACGUCCCGGUUCACAUUCCCGAAAUAA